AUGUACAAGCUUCAAGUGGUACUGGUGCCACCGAGCUCUAUAAAUGGGGCUUUGCAGCUCCCUUUCAAUCCUGCUACUACCGACAAUUCGCAACUUCUUCCAUCGAGCAUUGGUGCCAAUGGAUCGGCGAUCUUGACUGGAAAUCGGCCAGAAAUGCCUCAUUCUGGCAGCACUAACAACAACUUGUUCAUGUCUAGCUUUUCAUCGAGCCAUGUUUCGCAACCUAAGCUCAAGAAAUUCCUGCUCUUCACGCAACCCACCAAUUCGCUUCUUAUGCUGGCAGAAGAGAUCGUGGCCAAAUGCGACAAGAUCUAUCCCCAUCUAGCGCAAUCAGUUGAGCUUUUGAGCUUGCAGGACUCUAACGAAUGCGACUUGGACCCCGAUUUUUUGGUGAAAGACGUUUUCAACGUCGACAACGUGGUUCGGGCCGUGCUAAGCCAAGACAUCGAAGUCGCAGACGAUAGAGCCCAAACUUUGUACUCCGUCAAACGGCGCAAACUUGACAACGGUGAUGCUGGGAAAGUGUCGGUUGCCAAUGGAGCUUCAGGAGCUCAGCCAAACGUGCUACAGAUCGCAAAAAAACGACCCCAUAUUUUGCGCAACUCCACUGCCAUGCGCGUCUCAACUCCCUUAGCCAACCAAAUCUAUCCUCAGGCAUCUAGAACGCAACUCAAUUCGGAUUAUGAAGAUGACGACGCUGCCAAUCGUUCCAUCUUGCCCCCACCACAACCGCAAUCGCAGCCUAUUCGCAUCAGCUCUGCAGUGGAUAGCGCAAAAAAGGUCAACUUCAGUGAUAACACAAUAUCCAGAUCCGAGGCCGUCGACCCAGACAAGUCGAGACAACAAAGAUUACCUUCGGGCACUCCAAUGCGUCAGCCGCCCAAAAAAGGUACCACAACUCCUAAAAGAAAGAAGGGCCAAGAUCAAAUGCUAAUGGUCAAUGAAGCAGAAAUCGAUGGUUCUGCUACCCCAAUUAACACAAAUAAAAGGAUUACUUCAGGAAUGCUACGAAUUCCGGAGCCAAAAAUCUCUGAAGUCGAGAAAGAACUCAAACAAGGACCUGAAAGCCCAUCGGCUGUACUGCCAGCUCGUCCGGAUCGUAUACCGAUGAAAAAGCAUGAUAUUCCUGUGUCAGACGAUGAUGAACUAAGCCAAUCGUCAGAAGAUGAUGAAAGAAGAAUUGCAGUAGGGAACCGUGCCGAGCAAGUGCUUGAACCCUCGCUCAGAUUAUCCGCUUCCCGCCAAACGUCAAUUGCCGACAACAACGGUUCGCCUAUCAAAGAUGGCAGCAAAAAUCGAAACGUAAACCUAGCAGAACUUCCUUCCUCGGGUCGGAGAGUUACACGCAAAUCCUCUUUGGAACACAAAGUUGAGUCUCUCAUCCGCAACAGCAGCCCUCUUGCAGAGAGAAAUGGCAAGGGAACGCAAGAAAAGAAAGACGACCCCAUGGCUGCGGCCAGAAAAGUCUCGUUUUCUGAUGAAGACGAAGUUGAGGGUCAGCAACUGGGCCAGGAUCCUAAUGAUACGGUUCGAAUCAAUCAAGUGGAUAAUUCUGGGAAUAGUAGCUUUCAAAAAUCGGAGCUCUUAUCCAUGCUACGGGGUAAUAAGUUUGACAUACCCUCGGACUUCAGCAAAAGGUCUUUGAGGUCCAAAGCUGGGUACUUCGAAAAGUCCGCCGAAAAGUCGAAUGCGCUUUCGAAGGAUGUUAUCAAUCAGAGGCUACAAAGGUCAGCCGCAAUUAAAGCUGCGGAACUUUUGUCAUCUGGAAGGUCCCGAAAUCAGGAAGCAACCUCCGAGAGCGAAGCGGAAUCUAGUGAUAUCGAAACUGAUCAAAGCGAUAAUGGCAGAGUCACUGUGCUGGAAAACCAGGCUCUAAAAAAGCUUAAUAUACACCCUCUUAAGGAACAAGUGAUAGGUGAGGGUACUAGACCCAUUCUCAAUGGCGAAGCAGAUACCAGCAAGGCUAUAGCAGGUGCGGUACCGAGGAAAGCGGUUAAUGGAAAGAAUGCAACCCAAGCGGACACUUCUUCUGAAGUGAAAGCCGCCGCUACGGGGCCAAAUGGCUCAGUCGCGAGUAAAGAAAGUAAGGAUAAAAAGGCAAUUACAAAAGCUGGCAAAACCCCCGACAGUCGUGACGCAGAUAAAGUUGAAGCAUCUUCCUCUUCGACUGUAGAAAGAAGCUCAGAAUCUGAAUCAAGCACGAAAUCUUCAACCGAAUCCUCGAAGGAAGUGUCACAAGAAGAAAUAUCAAACAAAUUGAUUAGAGGAAUCUCACCCGUCGCAGCCAAUCGCGAAGUAAAAUCUUACCACAGUCCUGAGUUUAUUGAGGACUCCGAUGACGACUCGAUGAAUACUUCGUCCACCAAGGACGCCGAAGGAAGUAAGACGAAAUCUGCUACAAAGAAACUCCCUCCAUCAGUACUCAAACGCAAGGAAGAGGCUGAAAAGAAGCGAAAGGAGCGCGAAUUGCUGAAGAAGGCCCGGGAAGAGGAAAAUGCAAGGAAAAAAGCGGAGAAGGAGGAAAGGAGAAGAGAAAGAGAGGAAGCGGCCGCCAAAAAGAAAGCUGAACGAGAGAUGAAGAAGAAAAAGAUGCAGGAAGAUGCCAUCAAGAAAAGAGAACUUCAAAGUGCUUCUAAAAAAGCGAAAGAUGACAAAAAAGUAGCAAAUUCCGCGCAGUCAGCACGGAAGACUGAUAAAACGUCUGUCAGUAAACGAAGCGAUGAAACCGCCGAUGAGGCCACGAACUCGCAAGUUAAGAGUGACAAGGCUAAAACGAGUGCGGUAGGUGAGAGUAAGGGGGACUCUGGUGAGAAAGAGGAUAGCACUUCCGCUGCUCUAGCGCCCAAGGAUCUCUCUCAGUAUUUUGGUACAGGUGAUAAAUUGAAAGUCAGCCAAAAUCAAGAACCUUUGAGCACGCCAACUCAAGGUGACAAAGUUUCAAAGAUACAAAAACUCAAGUCACAGUUUACAUCCGGAAGCUUAGCCCCGCAGCAUGAAGAUAGAGGGCAAGGUAAAAGUGAAAAGAGCUCGACGUCUUCUGAUGUCUCCGAAGAGCUCGACGAUGAAAGUUCCUCAAAUGACAACGAAUCUUCUGACUCUUCCUCGGAUGAUGACUCCACAGCCAGCAGGAAGUCGCGGAGGGGAAUAGUUAACACGCCAAAAGGGGCUAUUAUAUCUCUUCCGAAGAAAACUAAGCAAAGUGAUAUAUCUGGCUUAGAGCAAGCUCCACAAUCAACGCAGCAAGCCCUUGACAACGAGCCAUUGAGUAGUGGUACGAAGGUCCCGGUCACUAGAAUGAUGGAAAUGUCUUCUCCGACAUCUAAAGCACAGAUGUCGUCGCCUGUGUCUAACUCCAAAAAACCACAAUCGAAGCCAAGCAGGUCUUUAAGCUCGUUGUCCGAUCUGGUAUCUCGUGGAGUUCCGGAAGUAAAAGACAAGACCUUGAAAGAGAACAACACCUCGCUACGUGGAACUAAACAAAAAGAAGGCUUGAAUAAUGAUUUAAGCCAGGAGAACUCUGACAAAAGCGGGAGUGAGGACGAUAGUGACAGCAGUGACGAUUCUUCCGAAGAUGAUAGCAGCUCGAAUUUUAUCAGCGCUAAAUCAGCUAGCAAAGCGUUGGGGCGGCAAAAGAAGUUAAGCAGCGGAUUUGCAUCGCUGGUUAAAGACUCCAAAAAAAAUAAUUGUAAUCUAACUAGUAACUACCUUUACUCAACCUUUAAUCAACAUAUUAGCAUCGUAACAGAGAACUCUGCAUCAUUAUAA